UUUUGCGUCUCUAACAAAAGUUGAUCAAAAGCAAAGAGAGAGAAUAUCAACACAGAAAAAAAGAUUCGUUACUAGAUACAUGGCGUUGAAGGACACAUUCUAUAUAUCUCAUGGAUCACCCACUUUGUCCGUAGAUGACUCCAUUGAUGCUAGGCAGUUUCUUAUGUCAUGGAAGAAGAACGUGUUUCCUCAAACACCCACUUCAAUUCUCAUCAUUUCUGGUCAUUGGGACACCAAGAUUCCCACGGUCAACGUUGUUGACUCCAUCAAUGAUACCAUCCACGAUUUCUAUGGGUUCCCCAGAGAAAUGUACCAGCUUAAAUAUCCUGCACCUGGAGCUCCAAAAUUGGCAAGGAGGGUGAAGGAACUACUCAAGAAAUCCGGUUUUGGGCGAGUUGAUGAAGAUAGAAAUCGAGGGCUUGACCAUGGUGCUUGGGUUCCUCUCUUUUUGAUGUACCCACAAGCUGACAUCCCAGUUUGUCAGUUAUCUGUUCAAUCAAACAAAGAUGGAACUCAUCAUUAUAACAUAGGGAAGGCAUUGGCUCCUCUUAAAGAUGAAGGUGUAUUGAUUAUGGGCUCUGGAAGUGCUGUUCACAACUUGAGAGCACUUAAUCCUCACUCCACUGUUGCUCCCUGGGCUUUAGAAUUUGAUAAUUGGUUGAAAGAUGCUCUUCUUCAAGGAAGAUAUGAAGAUGUAAAUCAUUAUGAACAGAAAGCACCACAUGCAAAACAGGCUCAUCCCUGGCCAGAUCACCUUUAUCCAUUGCAUGUUGCUAUUGGUGCUGCUGGUCAAAAUUCAAAAGCUAAACUCAUCCAUAGCGGUAUUGAAUUGGGUUCUCUCUCUUAUGCCUCUUACCAGUUUACAUCAGCUGAUAGCUGAAUUUCUAUUACAGAAUUGCACAUCGAUGGUCAGUUGUCUAUCCUCUAAACAGUUAUUCAAUAUCAAUAAAGAUGUGUUGCGCUUACAAGUUUGACUUAUGUUUAUGCGAUAUAUACAGAAAAAUUCACUUAUAAUAUAAAUUAAAUUACACUUUUGAA